GCCUUCCUUCCGCCUCACAAGCACAAUAUUGGCGGUCAAAAAGCCCAGUACCGCCCAUCAUGUCGCUGUCGUCUCCCUUUGAUGUCGCUCGCUCCACCCACGAGGAGGCAGAGAGGUACACCGCAGCCCUCUCCUCUGUUCUCGCUACCCUGCCCUCCUCUUCGUCCUCCUCCGCCCCGCCUAGUCGCUCGACCUUGACCAAUUCGCACAUCGCCUCGAUACUGGUAGACCGCAUCGUAUCGCGCAACCGCAAUUUGGUCGACUUCUACAAGGAUGAGACUGGUAUCAGGAAAGAAGAAGUCGAUCUGCUAAGUGGCAGGCCCACAGGCGGGGAGGGGAACGCUGCUGGAUCCUCCUCUGCUGCAGCUGGGAGCUCAGCUACCACGUCCGAAGUUAUGUCUCUCUUCUACUCGCGGCUGAAUCACAUCAAGUCAUAUCAUGAGAAGUACCCUUCGGCUCCGCCAGAGAUGCUCACCCUGGACAUACCCGCACUGGAGAACUCCAUUGCUCCCUCGACCUCCUCUUCCAUUGGCGUGACCACGAGCGCAAUGGAUCGACUCUUCUCCGGCGAAGAGGGCUUGGGACGCUAUCUAGAUCUCAACGAGUACCACUCGCAGUACAUCAAUCUCAAAGGAGUGAAGAGAUGCAAUUAUCUGUCCUACCUCGAGCGAUUCCAUGAUUUUGCGAGCGAGGACGUGGCAAUGGAGACGAAGCAGGGCGAGGGGUACCAGAAGCACCUGAACGCGCUGAGGAGCUAUCUCGUGAGCUAUCUACGGAAGAUCAAGCCGCUGGAAGAUAUAGACGGCCUCGUCGAGGGCUUAGAGGAGGAAUUUGAAGAAAAGUGGAAAGUGGGCGAGGUGAGGGGCUGGGAAGAUCAAGGCGAGAGGUUCGCUUCCUCUUCCGCCUCUUCUAGCAAGACUGCCUCAUCAUCCACAUCGACUGCUCCAGCUGCACCGAUACCACGGCCGGCAGACGAUACUGGUAUCUGGUGCGAGGCGUGCGGGAAGUCCUUCUCCAAGCAAACGGUCUUCGAUGGCCACCUGCAGGGAAACAAGCACAAGAAGGCCCUGGAGCGGAUCCAGGGUGGCCCCUCUUCGAGUACCGCGAAUGGGGCUUCCUCGUCCUCUUCCUCUCACAAGUCAAAUGCAGCGCGCGAAGCUCUUCUCUCAAAGGGAAAGAAUCUCGCAAAGCAAGAGUACAUCAUCUACGCCCUCAGUAAGGGUCCGCUGGACUCGCAUCGCCUCGACACACGAUCCAACGUGGAGCGCAGAGCAGCCUUAACGGAGCGCGAGCGCGCUGCCGAGGCCGAGGAGCUGGCCCGCCUUGCCGAGGAUCCCGCUGGCGAGUCUUCCGCUCGGCGACGAGGUCAAGAUGGAGGAGCCGGGGGAGCAAACCGGGCCGACGAAGACGACUCGGAUGACGAGAAUGGCAAGAUUUACAAUCCCAAGAAACUCCCUCUUGGCUGGGACGGUCGGCCGAUCCCCGUAUGGCUGUACAAGCUACACGGUCUUUCGGUAGAGUACUCGUGCGAAAUCUGCUCCGACUUUACUUAUCAAGGACGUAAGAAUUUCGAUCGACAUUUUACCGAGAGUCGACAUGCAUUUGGAAUGAGAGCAUUGGGUUUGCCCAAUACAAAACACUUUGUCGGCAUUACAAAGAUUCAAGAUGCGCUCAAGCUUGCAGAGAAGUUGAAGCGGGCUGGGAAAGAGAGUGGGGUACUUGGUGUUGGUGGUGGUGGAGGAGGAGGAGAUGCUGGAGGAGCAGCGGUUAGUUCACUUGGUGGAGGUGGUGGAGGAAGAGAUGUUGAGGAGGUGGAGGAUGAGCAAGGUAAUACGUAUUCGAGGAAGGAUUAUGAGCUGCUCAAGAGGCAGGGACUCAUCUGACCUCACCCACUUCCUCCGAUGAAGUGAGGGAGAGUGAGAGAAGGGCGAGGAAGAGCCAGGCAGCCAGGCGGGCGGGGCCGACCUUCUGUAAAUCUUCUUGCCGUUGCAUCGCAAUAACCAAACCACCUUGCAUCAAUUCACACCUUAAUACAUUUCUGCUCCCGCAACCACGUUAUCUCGUUGCAGUGAAAUGCAGUGAAGAGAACCCCCAGCACCUCACCU